AUGGAUUUUGCAUCUUCUUCAAUGUUCGCAUCAGAUUUUGCCAAUGAAAGUGAACUAGAUCUAUCGAGUUUGAUAACUCCUUCAACGUUUAUACCAUUCCAAGAACCUAAUCCAUCUACACGGACCAUUCACUGUGCCGUUGCUGAAAACGAUGGAAGACAAAGCAUCCGUGAAGAGACCAUGACCGAUGAAAUCACAAAAGAAGAUGUUGAGCGGAAGAACAAGAGAGCGAAACAUAGAGAGAUUGAGAGACAAAGAAGGCAAGAUGUCACAUCUCUUUUCAAGAAUCUAAGAUAUAUAUUGCCAUUUCAAUACAUCAAGGGCAAGCGUUCUUCGUCAGAUCACGUUCAAGAAGCUGUGAAUUACAUAAAAGAUUUAGAAAAGAAGAUUAAAGAGAUCAGCGAGAAGAGAGAUCGAAUCACGAGAUCUAUUACUCAUCCAUAUUCAACAGGAGUAUCAUCAUCAUCAUCAUACUGUUCUUGUGUUGGAGACACACAUCUCGAUGUUAAGGUCAGGACUUGUUUGGUGGGUAUCGAGAUCGUAGUAAGUUGCUGUUUCAGACACGAAUCUUGUCUUUCAAGUAUUCUUCAGCUUCUGGUUCAAGAACAAUGUCUUAAUGUUGUUAGUUGCAUCUCAGCUAGACUGCACCCACGAUUCAUACACACCAUUGUUUCUGAGGUCGAGGAAGGAAUAGACAUUAACUUCUCAAAGCUUCAAGAAAAGAUAAAACAAUGGGAAAGUAGCAGUUAAAAAAAAUGCUGAUAUCUACUUUUAACUAAGUACACAUUAGAAUUAAUAUUUUGCUCAUGUGUUAUUUAUGCAAAAUGUCAUUUUCUUUUAUUAUGUGUCUGG